UUGCUCAUACAGAUUACGGAUGAUCUGUCGGAUGGUCGGCUCAGCAGGAUGUGUGCUGCUUGGCAAAGCACCUGGUCAGCUGCAGGUUGGUAUUUGUUGGUGUAUUGCACAAGCACCUUCUGGGAAAUAAGAAUCAGAGUAUCGGGAGAUGUGAGCACCAAAAAGAGCUAAAGUGAGUUUGUUCUUUACAGAAAGAGCUGUCUACCUGAAUCCAUAGUGGAAAAUUUUGGACAGCCACCUGCCUCUGAGAAUGGGGUGGAUGAAAACAUGUCCUUCCAGUCUUACUGCGGUGGCACGAACUGAGUGGAGUGUGUGUAUCCACCUCAUGGGUGAGCUACAAGAAGCAAUUUCUGCUAAUGCAGCGACGGAGCAAACAGCUGUUUACUACUCAGAUGACUUUGAGAGUGAAGAAGUUGCCUCGUUAAACAGUAUCGUGGAGGAACGUCGUAAAAGCAAUUCAGAUGCUGACAGCAGUAAGAAAUCUGUUGGUUUUGAGAGUCCUCUCUCAGAUGAUGGUGCAUCACAAAAAGCAGCUGACUUGGAAAAUGAAGGUGCUGAUGACUUGACUUUAUCCUUUCAUGAAAGAAAGCUUCAGGAAAAAACACUUUCAGAAAGUGAAAACAUACAAGAUGACAGAAUAAAUGAAGUGCGCUGUUUGGAAAGUAAAAAUGAAGACAAUGAGAGAAAAAAUAAUGAGGAGCAUUCAGCUGCUGAGUUACAAUGUCAUAUGAGUGAGAUUGACCACUGCAAUGAUUUGCCUAUGGCUGAACUAAAGAAAGAAAGAAAGGCCGUUACGCUGGAUCAAAAGGAAAAGAAACCAAUACCAAAGCCAAGGGUGCACAAAACAAGAAAUAGAUCAGCAUCAGGUGGCUCUUAUAAAGCAUCACCUCAACCAAGAAGUAUCUGGAGAAAAAGUGGCCCCAUGAAAGACAAUGAGUUUAGUAGGUCAGAAGAAAAAAUAACUCACAGAAGUGGAUUGUCUUCAUUUUCGGCACCAUCAUCCUUAACUUCUCUGAAUACCAGAGACUCGUCUGAGAAAAAAGCGCUUGCUGAAAGCCCUGGGCCGGAAGGUCCAUGGCUAGAAAGUACUUCACUACCAUUUUCCAUUAAUUUUACUUCCCACAAUAAGAGAUCUGGAGACUCCAGUUUAGUGAUGUGUGGAGAAACACCACUUUCAGAAGAUGAGAGGAAGGAUACCAGCCCCAGUGACUUGAAACUGGAGGAUAAUAUUAGCGAAACCCUUUCUGUGAUAGAAGCAAUGACCACGACAGCACAUGAGAAAACAAAGAAAUUAGAGAAGUCAACAGAUGACAGUUCAGAUAAAAAGGAGAACGUUGUGCAAGGGCAAACAGUAACCGAUACAGUACAGGAAGUGUCAGUAGAUGGUCAGUCUGACCAUGUGGAGUUGAAGAAUACUUCAGAGGACUUUGUCAAGAAACAAAGUGAAACAACAGCAACAGUUCUACAAAAUUCAAAACCUUCAUCUUGCAGGUCUUUGUCUUCUGCACACUUAAAGAAAAAAGCAAAAGCUGUUCCAUCAGCUACAGCUGUUUCACCUCAAUACUUGGGAACAUUGAAGGUGUUGGAGAGUAAACACUUGGAGAAGAACAGUAGAGAUUUAGACAAAGCAGAUAGUUUACGAGCAGCUGUUUUCCAGAAUUGGCUGGAAAAAAAAAGAGCUUUACUACUGGAAUUAAAGAGAAAUGAAAAGAAAAAAGCUGAAAAUCUGAGGAUCAAUACUGAAAAGAAAGAAGCUGAUAAAAGAAAGGAAGCAAUUGCAUCUUUUGAAGCCUGGAAAGCAAUGAAAGCAAAAGAAGCAAAGAAGUUAAGUGAAAAAAAGAAGCUCGAGGAAUUUAAGAAAAAGAAAGCAGAAGAACAGAAUGCGGAGAAAACAGAAGCAGCACAGAAGGCAUUUGAAAAAUGGAAAGAAAGAAAAACAGAAUAUUUAAGAGAGCAAAGCAGAAAGGAAAAACAGUCUGAAAGAAUCAGGAAGAAGAAAGAAGAGGAAUUGGCUGAAGAAAAGAAGAAAGACAACGUAUCAGCAGUUGAAAAAUGGAAUGAAAAAAAGGAAGAAUAUAUAAAACAAAAGAAGGCAGUAAAAAUCCUAGAGAGAAGAAAGCAAGAAAUACAACAGACAAAGAAGGAUGAAAAAGAUAAAAAGGCUAUUGAAGAAUAUGAAAGAUGGCUGAAAAGGACAGAGAGGAGAGAGCAGCUUGAGAGGAAGCAAAAGAAGCUUCAGGCUGCCUGUGGGGAUGAAGUACGUUCUCCCUGGAGUCCACCUGGUAAAGUCAUGUAUUCAAGGAAUUACUGAGCGGUCUAUUGAGUCCCAUGAGAAAAGAUCAUUUGCAAACCUCUGACAGUGAAUAGUCAUUUCAAUAACAGCUGCUUUUCACUGAAUCUGUAAUAGAAGUUGCGUCCUUUCUUUUUAUUUAGUACAAUCUCUGGAGAUUGGUUUUCCAGUGCUUUAUCAAAUGCACUAAUUUUUGCAAUUCUGCAUCUUAGUCUUGCUAAAUACUACGUUACUUCAUUCCUUUUUUGUGGAAGUCUCUAUUCAGGAUAUGUAAGACUGGACCCUGGUAUUUUUUUUUUUCCACACAGUAAGUAGCAGUUUGUUUAGCAGAAUGGUUAUAUUUAAGUUAUUAGGCCUCAUUACUAUUCAACAUGAGUAAUGACAGUAAUUAGUCAAAAUGAGUGGUCAGUUGCAACUAUGCACAUUCAGAAUCAGGAAAAAAAAAAGGAAGGAAAGACUUAAGUGUUUGCCUUCAGAAAUGUUUUAGAGACAAUCUAUUUAUAAAUCUAUUUAUAUUGAUGAACAGGUGAUAAAGAAUUCAAUAAAAGGGAAAGUACAAGCAAGGGAGCUUAACUGUAUAUGCAGGAUGAAAGGACAGUAUUGAUGAUGUAUGUGUUUGAAAUGCUUCUCUCACUUUAUCUGCAAGACCAUUCUCGCAUGGGUAGUGGAGAGGCAAAAGCAGCUCUUUCUUAUGUGGUAGGUAAGAGUGUAUUUGUGAAGAAAGUACAUCAUAAAGAAUGUUCCUGCCAUGAAGAAGUUGGGACUGGGGAGUUAAGCGUGGAAGAACUGUGAAGGCAGGAGGAGGAUGGGAAAGGAGACGUUAGCUGUCUUGUGGUAGAGCAAAGACAUAAAGCUAAGCAGUAUGGUGGGGAAAUGUUGUUUUCAUGCAUUGAGAUGAGCUGCAGAGAACACAUUUAACCCUUUGAUUAUGUUACACUGUGAAAUAAAAAAACAACUUUAAUUUAAAAGUGCAUCAUGCAGAAACAGCCUUUCAUGGGGGCAAAUUCAGUUAGCUAUGGGAUCGUA